CCAAAAAUACCCCCUCACCUUCUCCUCCAGGAUCUCACCCCCACUGCAUACAAACCCACACAGAUAGAGAGAGAAGCUUCAACUUGAGUUGUAGAUGUGUGUAUUUCAACAAAUGCAAAGCAAAAGCCCUGUCCAAUCAAAACCCACAUUCUAUUAUCCCUCCAAAAACAAUAUCAAACGCUUUGAUAUUUAGCGGACAGAGAGAGAGAGAGAAUCAUAUUCAGCUUGAAGACAGAGAGCAUUUCCGUGCUUGGUUUUAACAUCAUUGCCAAUUGGGGCUGUCUGUGGCACGCCCAUAAUAUCGAGAACUGGGUUGAAGGAGUAGUAGAGGAAUUGAUCGUCGCCAAUCGGAAAGCAAUGAAGAUUUCUUCGUGUUUCUGGGUCCGGUUCUUUCUCCUGCUUUCGGUCUUCUUCACUCCAAGUGUGGCUGUGGAUGCCUUCACUGGAACUUAUGGGAUAAACUACGGUAGAAUUGCAGAUAACAUUCCCUCUCCUGAUAAAGUUGUUACACUCCUCCGAUCAGCAAAGAUUAGGAAUGUUCGUAUCUAUGACGCUAAUCACAGUGUCCUAAACGCCUUCAGUGGAACAGGGCUUGAAUUAGUGGUUGGACUCCCGAAUGGAAACCUACAAGACAUGAGUACUAAUCCGAAUGAUGCCCUGACUUGGGUCCAAGAAAAUGUGCAAGCAUUCCUUCCCAAGACAAAAAUCCGUGGGAUUGCCAUCGGAAAUGAAGUUCUGGGCGGUAGUGAUCAAUCACUAUCAGAAGCGCUUUUGGGUGCUGCAAAAAAUAUAUACAACGCGACGAAAAGUCUUAAGUUAGAUGAUGUAGUUCAGAUUACCACUGCACAUUCACAGGCUGUUUUCAAUAACUCUUACCCUCCCUCUUCAUGUGUUUUCAGUGAGAAUGCUGUACAAUAUAUGAAUCCACUCCUUGAUUUCUUCUCAGAGAUUGGGUCCCCUUUCUGUUUGAAUGCUUACCCAUUUCUGGCCUACAUGAGUGAUCCAACGGAAAUCGAUAUAAAUUAUGCUCUUUUCCAGGCAAAUCAGGGAAUAUACGAUAACAAAACAGAUUUACACUAUGACAACAUGCUUGAUGCUCAGAUUGAUGCUGCUUAUGCUGCAUUGGAAGAUGCUGGUUUUAAAAAGAUGGAAGUUAUAGUUACAGAAACUGGUUGGGCUUCUCAUGGUGAUUCAAACGAAGAGGCUGCCACAGUAAGCAAUGCAAGGACUUACAAUUACAACCUGCGUAAGAGGCUUGCAUUGAGGAAGGGUACCCCUAUGCGGCCUAAAAACAUGUUGAGGGCUUAUGUGUUUGCGCUGUUCAAUGAGGAUUUGAAGCCUGGUCCAGCUUCCGAGAGGAAUUUCGGAUUGUUUCUUCCCAAUGGCUCUGUUGCGUACAAUAUUGGGUUUUCUGGGCUGAAAUCUUCGUCUGCAACAUCAUCUUUUUUGUCAUUAAAGGACAUCCAACAUCAAGGUUCACCCAAUUCCUAUUUCUUGGUAUUGACAGCCUGUGCUAUUGUGCUGCUCUCCUUGAAUUAUUGAAAAAGCCAUGUGUUGGACUUGGAGCACUCUUAGAUUGAGGACAUAGCAGAUAGUAUAGGUUGUGUCACAUAGUGUCAUAUUCCAGUUGUUUCAACAGUUCUUGUUAAUCUGCAAAAUCCCAGAUGGAAUUGCUGAAUCAUUUUUAUCAACUUCAGCAAUGUAUAUUUAUUGAUGUACAAAUGAAAUCUUCUUUCUGGUU